AUGGUUCGGGUUUCUGGUCUUCCUGAAGUACCUCAAUCGGAACCUAUUUUACCUACUUCGCAUCGAGAAUAUUACUACCCUCAAAUUCCAUCCUCCCCACCUUCUGUCGCAUCCGAUCUAGGCAGUGGACGAAAACUUCGAAAGCCGCCCACUGUCACACCGCGGUCUUUUAGACGCUUCUUCACCCCACGAUCUCUGCUAAACAGUGGAAGUAAUGCAAGUGUAAAGACAAGUCGCCAGGCCCUGCGGGUGUUGAAUUCGCCGGCCGUCAACCGCCUCGGUCCCGCUUUUACUCGAUCGUCCGAUGGCCGUCCUAGAAGCCCGUUUGAUGGAUUACCAGAAGAGACAUUCCGCACACCAAGCCGGAAGCGAAAACACUCUUUUUCGUCGGUUGCUUCCCCGCUGCAAUCGUCCCCAUUGAAAAAAGUCCGUGUGCGAUCUCCAGGCAACGAAGCCGAACAGAGGACAACAAUCCGUGAUAUUGAUGUGACCCGGGGACGCUAUGAUGAACCUACUUCACCAAGCCCGCCGAAACGCCGACCUGUCUCGCCGGUCACCCGCUCGCGAGCCUUACAGACAUCUGGAUCUUUGUUCAUGCGAUCACUGCGGGGGGGUCGCGCCAAUCGACUCACUAUCCGUUCAACAGCUGGCGCAGGAUGGCAAGAUCUCACGUCGGACUUCCAUACACGACCAGAAGACCGCUACUCAUGUGCUAGUUAUGCCAAUGAGGGACAGUUGGCACUUCCAUUUUGCAAUGCUGCCUGUAAUACAAACUCACUGGUAGCUGUGGGUGAUGAAGAGGGUGGUAUUCGAUUGCUUGAUUCGUCUAAAGACGAUGAGCGAGGAUUCUCUAGUGCAUAUCUUGGAUUUCGUCCUCAUAUGAACUCGAUUAUGGACAUGGAGUUCUCAUCCGAUGACAUGUUGCUAGCUACAGCCUCUGGAGACCAAACAUCUUUAAUUAUCGACAUGACGACACAACGGCCAAUUCACUGCCUGUCCAACCACGUGUCGUCGGUAAAGCGAGUCCAAUUCCAGCCCGGCGCCAACAAUAAAGUCCUCGCCACAUGCAGCCGCGAUGGCAACGUCAACAUCUGGGAUCUUCGCUGCAAAGGGGUUGAACGUCCUGCACUACAGGUUCGAUGCUCUCUGGAAUCGGAAGCCGAAAGCCCAUCCGCACCAGCUCGCCCCAAGAUGACCUAUCCUCAGGUUCUGAAUACUAUUCAUGGUGCGCAUGCGUAUACCACACCCCAAAAGCCAGCCAUGGACAAGAUCGAGCCGCCUUCCUUCGGCCGUUCAGAUAUUACCGUCACCUCUUUGGCCUUUCUUCCCCUUGGUCAAGAAAAUCUUUUCGUCACCGCAUCCGAGGCAAGCGCGAGUGUUCGCCUUUGGGACUUGCGAACUGCUCACAAUAACCGCCGUGGUCGACCUGUUCUCCCAUUAUCCACGACCCGGGAGCCUGAUAGCCAUGUCAAGUACCGCCGCUUUGGCCUUACUUCAAUGGCAUUCGGAGGCGACGGUGCAAGGCUAUACACACUCUGUCGAGAUGGCACUGUUUACGCAUACUCGACUUCCCACCUGGUGCUUGGACACGCACCGGAGCUUUCUCUCAAUAAUGACCGUCCCCGACGCUCUGGCGGCUCCGACAAAGAAGGCCUUGGACCUUUGUAUGGAUUCCGUCACCCUCGUCUCCAGGUUUCUUCGUUCUACGUCAAACUCGCAGUGCGCAAAGCGGUCAAUGACCGCCAAGAAAUGCUGGCAGUAGGUAGCAGUGAUCAUUGCCCACUACUCUUCCCCACCGAUGAACGAUUCCUCCAGCCCCCCGUCAAGACCUACCCCGAGGAUGAUCUUCCUCGCGGUACAUCUCUGUUCACCACCCGAUCGGGACUUCGACGUACCAACUCCGGACUUGGUUUAUCUGGGCGCCUAGAGGAUACCAUUCCUAUCCACCAAUCUGGCACUCCUCUUGUCGAAGGCCAUCAGAAAGAAGUUACUGGAGUGUCAUGGACUGUUGAUGGUGAGCUCAUUACCGUCAGCGACGAUUACAGUGCUCGAUGCUGGCGUGAAGGUCCCGAAGCUCGCGAACUUCGCAACAAUGGGGAUACCGAGGGUCGACGGUGGCAAUGCGGCUGGGCUUCUACGACAGACUCAUAUGAUGACGAAGAUGAAUGA